AAACAAUAAUGCCAACUCCAGAUAAUAAUAAUGGUGAUAAUAAAGAUGAGAAGAAAAAAAAUCAAAAUAAUGAUGAAAAGAAAAAGCAACAUAAAAUAACGUCUUAUACAUCAAUCAUAACCACAAUCACAUUAUAUUAUGCCGGUUAUACCACAACAAUUACAACAACUAACUCUUUAGGAAAAAUUACAACCUUCGCAACAUACAUUCCUCCAUCCACUGUAAUUUGGGUAAAAACAAUGGUCUCACCAGUCACACUUGCGGUUGAUGAAGACCUGUCGA